AUGGAGAAGAAGGUUAUUGGUGUGAAGCACAUACUGAGAGUUUGCACGGAGCCAACGAACCUGGAAAUCCUGGCAGAGCACGAGAACCUGCUCCAGGUUCUCAGUCGGGAGCUCCGGGAGAACUCCAAGAAGAGCUCCGACCUGUGUGUAGUGAGUGUCUGUGUCUUCCUGUGCUUCUCCCACUUCUCACAGUUUCAUCCUGUCUUGAUGCAGAACCAAUGUGGUGAUGUCACUAUGCGGGUUUUGGAGUACGAGAGCCAGAGGGCUCAGGUGCGGAAGGAAGACAUGGAACGGCGCCAGAAGAGGGUACAGGAGCUUGAAGAUUGCACCGCCGAGGACAAGAAGUUGUUGGCCAAGGAUGAGAAGAAGUACAAACUUCAGCUGCGUAAGCAAAACAAGCUCAUGCAUAUUAGCUUGAGUGUUUUGCUCAACCUGGCAGAGGAGAUCUCCAUCGAGAAGAAGAUGGUGAAUCGGAAGAUGCCGACAUUGCUGCUCCAGCUCUUGGACAGGAGCCAGGAGGACCUGCUCUUGGUAGUCCUGACCUUCUUGAAGAAGCUUAGCGUGUUCGAGGAGAACAAGGAUCAGAUUGCCGUCCCUCAGACCUUGAACAACUUGGUUAGACUGGCACAGAAUCCCAACGCUCGAAUCUCGCUUUUGGCGCUUCGCCUUCUGUUUAACCUCUCGUUUGAUGAGAGAGUGCGAGCUGCCCUGGUGGAAUCGGGCAUCAUCAAACUGUUGGUUGAUCUCCUCAAAAAUCCUCCUUUUCGGCACAUCGUCUUGCGGCUUCUGUAUCACUUCUCUAUGGACGAUCGCUGCAAGUCCCUCAUGGCAUACCACAGGGAUGGCAUGAUCAUGCUGCUCCAGCUUGUUGUCCACUUUCCAGAGCCCCGGGUGGGAAAGGACUUGGUGGCUUUGAUGGUGAAUUUGGCCGCGCAUGCGCGCGCAGCAGAGGUCAUUGUACAAAGCGGGCUCUUCCCGGCAAUUGUUCUCCGGGUGCUGAAGCACCGGGACCCUCUGCUUUGCAAGGUGAUACGACAUGUGGCAUCCCACCAGGGUGUCCUGGAACAAAUGUACGAACUGCUGCAGAGCGAGGAUGUUCGAAUGGCCAAGUGGAUGCAUGAGUUCGUCCGCAUGGCCGUGUGCUCGGUUGACAACCCGGACAUGCUGGUGGAGGUGUUGGGCACGCUAGCCAACGUCACGCUGGAGGAGGUGCCUUGGGCGGAGCUUUGUGAGGCGGGACUCCUGGAGCUCCUCACACGGCUCCUGGUGCCCAGCUUCUCCGAGGAUGACGUGGUGCUGGAGUGUGUGCUGCUGGCCAGUAAUCUGGCCUGCUGUCCAGAAUCGGCGCAGCACAUUGCAGGCUCCCGGCUCCCGGCAUUGAUGCAGGACUUGCUUGUGGAGAAGCGAGAGGACGAGGAGAUUGUUGUCCAGCUACUCUUCACGUUCCAUUGCCUGCUACUCCAUGAUGAGGUUCGUGAGUUUGUCCUCCAAGAAACGGAGUUGGCACCUUGCAUCAUGAGGUUUGCGCGAGCGCGAAAUCCUGCGGUGCUGGAGUACGCAACCGCGCUGUUGCAGAUAGUGGCGACCACCAACGAUGCUCCGGGCACGGAGGAUGGUACGCCAGCAUGGGUAGAGCAGAUCAAGGCAUUUCGCUUUGAGCAGCACAAUCCGGAGUGGUGUAGAUGUGUCAAUCGAGAGUUAAGCGGGGGUACUGGCAUGUCUCCUGGUGGAGCAUAUGGAGGCUAUUACGAUGAGCAUGAGGGCAGCGGCGUGGAGGAUGAGGAAGAGUUCGCAUUCCAUUGGGCGGGCGUUGAUGCUGCAGAUCCUCGUGACCUUGCGAAGCGUGAUUGGGCCAACCAGGAUUUCGCGAAGCUUUCCCAUUCCAGCCGGUGGCAAACAUGA